CCUCUAUAGGACCGGGAAAAACUCGAAAUCUCUCAUUUCUUUUCAAACUUUCAAACGCGAUCAGCAAAAGGUGAAGCAUCCGCGUCGGUGCUGCCUAGUAAAAAGUACAAGUGUGGUCAGUGUGAGCGUAGCCAAACAAGGAAUACAAAUUCCACCGCUCCCGUGACGCAAAAGGCUGUAGAAAUUGAAAGUCAAAUGAAUUCUGUUCCCAACUGUGUGUGUGAGUGUACAACGAGCGUCAAUUUUGAUGAUAAAAUUUGCCUGCGCCUGUAAGUGUGUGCGUUGAGCAUAUGUCUGUCAGUGUGUUGGUGUAAGCGUCGAGUCGAGCAUAAGAAAGCAGCAGAAACAACAACAUAGGAGGAGGGCACUUGGCGACGCUUGACGAAAGAGAAGCAAAGAGAAGCGUGAAAUCUCCAUUUUAAUACAGCGAGGAAAACCAAGGAACGGGUGUAUACACGAUGGCCAGCUUCCAGAUCCACCAGGACGCCAACAACAAGGAGAAUCCCGGCGUAACCAUUCCGGCCGGAGUCAGGGGCGCAAAGCAGCCGCUGGCCGUGAUUGGCAAAGAGAAAAUUGCGCUUGCGCCACGGGCCAACUUCGCUGUGCUCAACAACAACAACAAUCACAAUGGGAAUGUGCCUCGUCCGUCCGGAAAAGCGCAGGUCUUCCGUGAAGUAAAGGUCCAGAAUGCUGAUGAAAAUGUCAACUAUGCAGCAAAGAAGUCGAAUGUGGUGCCCGUGGUGGAGCAAUUUAAGACCUUCUCCGUUUACGAGGACAACUUCGACACCCAUGUGGCCCCACCGGGCAAACCCCUGGCCUCUGUGGCCGAUAAAGAGAACCAGAAUGCCGCCGAAAAGUGCGGUGUGCAAUUCACUGUCUGCGAUCUGGACACCACGCCCAUGUCCGUCACGGACAUCCAGUCCCCCAUGUCGGUGGAUCGCUCGCUCGCCGAGGUAAGCGGCAUUGAAGCAGUUGCCAAGCCCGGAGAGGUAAUCAAGGAGCUGCCACCACGCAAUGAUCGCGAGCGGUUCUUUGAGGUGGUCCAGUAUCAGAGGGAUAUACUCAUCAAUUUCCGGGAGAGCGAGAAGAAACAUCGCCCCAAGCCGCACUAUAUGCGCAGGCAGAAUGACAUCAAUCAUAACAUGCGCUCCAUCCUGAUUGACUGGCUGGUGGAAGUGUCCGAGGAGUAUAAGCUAGACACGGAGACGCUAUAUCUCUCCGUCUCCUAUCUGGAUCGCUUCUUGAGCCUGAUGAUGGUGAUGCGCGCCAAGUUGCAAUUGGUGGGCACGGCAGCCUUGUACAUUGCCUCUAAAUACGAAGAGAUCUACCCACCAGAGGUGGGUGAGUUUGUCUUCCUCACCGACGACAGCUAUACCAAGAAGCAGGUGCUGCGCAUGGAGCAGGUCAUCCUGAAGAUUCUCUCCUUUGAUUUGUGCACACCGACUGCCUAUGUCUUUAUCAAUACGUACGCGGUGCUGUGCGACAUGCCAGAUAAACUCAAGUACUUGACGCUGUACAUUUCGGAGCUCUCACUGAUGGAUGGAGAUACCUUUAUGGUAUAUUUACCCUCGGUGAUGUCAUCUGCUUCGCUUGCUUUGGCGCGUCAUAUUCUGGGCAUGGAGAUGUGGACACCGCAGUUGGAGGAGAUCACUACCUACAAGCUGGAGGACCUGCAAACUGUGGUCCGCCAGCUGUCUCAAAUGCACAAAUCGGCAAAGGACCUCAACACGCAGGCAAUGCGGGAAAAGUACAAUAGAAACAAGUACAAAAAUGUGGCCACGAUCGAGGCAAUUGAGCUGACCAAGGAGGAUCUGGAGCAGCUCUGUCAGUCGUACAACGCCAAGCAAAGUGAGGAGAAGAUCGAGGAGCAGAAUGAGAAUUUGUUUUAUAAGUUUUAAGUGUUUUGCCAUGCCACUGCCCUGCCAUGGUCAAAUUGUAUUGUAGUUUAGUCUUUCCAUGUAAUAUUUUGUAGAUUUAAGUUGAAGAAGGAAAUCUCCGCCGGAAUUCUGCUCAGCAUUGGUUGAUCAAUGGGCAAGCUCCCGUUACAAGUACUGGACAAUUUUAUAUGAAUGCCAUAUAAACGCAACUUAAAACGAGCUAAAUUUACACCUGUCCACGGUGAGAGCUUGCCGCUUCAACCAUAAGAGCAGAAGAAACGGCCGCAGUCUUGGAAAACUUAAAUUUAGCAUAGUGGCAGUCCGCAGACCGAUAUUUUAUGUUUUUACCACCAUCAACUAAUGUAUUUUUAUGUAUUUAUAAAAUGAACCAUAUUGGAUGUAUACAACGUGUCUUUAGCAGGUACAGCUAACUCUGGAAAUUAUACCUACUUAAACGCAUAUUUAUAUAUAUAUAUAUACUAACUAUUAGACCAUAAACGUUCUGUGAACCACGCAACAAGAAAUAUAUGUCGAUUUACCAAACAGA